GAAACGUUGACGUUGAAGAAAUAACACUACGAAUGCUCACAAGAAUCUACACGGCUUAUGCUCGGAGGAAACGCUCCAUUCUGCACCACGUGAGUACAAGAUGUUGAACAAGGAAGCUGCACUUUACGCCAUACCCGUUGAACAGACGCAAGAUGCCCCCAAGACGAUUGAGGCGUCUAGCUGCCAAAGCAUCAAUAAGUCUGUAUCUCUGACCUCAAACCGUGGCUCAGAUUACUUUGAAGUCUGCCGCAAUUAUUUGUAUCCAAACCACUCGAUCUCCCUGACUCUGAAAAUAAUUGAACUCUAUUUCACAGUGUUGAAGAGCCACAUGCGGGGAAUGCAGGUCGUCCAGCUCAGCCGAACCAACUGUACUGUUCCCCCUCUCAUAUUCCGAACCACAACUGGCUGGCUUCUACCACGACACAUCGCGUCCUCCUUGAAGGUAUUGGUAUUUGGGGGGAAGAUCCAAGUCGUUUCAUUCACCAGGUUCAUUUCCAACUUUUGUCCUUGUCCUGAUGAUUUCUUAGAGCUUGAUGUGUCUGGGUUCCCGAACCUCAACAGACUUCAUUACGACUUGGGAUAUCUUGAAGACAAUGUCAAUGCCUUUUGCCGUGUUCUGUCUCAAAACGACACUUCUCGUCUGAAACAUAUUACAAUCUUCUUUGCAGCGACAAAUUCCGGGAAUUAGAAUGUUUGGAAGUGACCUAUAGGCGUUAUCAGCUACC